UGAAGAGGCUUGCUAAUGUUUUUCUUCCUCUUUUCUCUCUUCUACUUUACUUUGAAGAAUUUUGCAGCUGCACUGCAUUUGCUACCACAAUGAGCCCAAUGGAAGAAGAUGCAAGUUCUUCUAUUCUUUCCAAGUCACGCUCCAUCAAAGAACCAUAUCCGUCCAAGAAGAUGCGCCACAAUGAUUCCUAUGCCAAGAGAAGUAGAAAUGGCAGAAUUUUUGUGCAAAGGAAGGAGCAUUACCUUAGAGAUGAUAUAUAUUGCGGUGCUCCAUUUUGCACCAUUUGCGAUUCUUCUGUUGCUUGCCUCAAUGCUUCUGCUUCAACUCUUCUGGUUGUCGACAGCAAUGUCAUUCUCAACCAGAUUGAUUUGCUGGAGAAUCCCGCCAUCACUAACGUGGUUUUGUUGUCCGUUGUGCUGGAGGAGGUUAAGAACAAGAAUAUGGCUGCUUACAAUCGGAUAAGAGCUAUAUGUAGCAAUUCAAUGAAGAAUUUCUUUGUUUUUUUAAAUGAACAUCACAUGGAUACUUAUGUUAAGCAAAUGAGUGGGGAAACUAAAAAUGAUAGGAAUGACAGAGCUAUCCGAGUGGCUACUCAAUGGUAUCAGAAUCAUCUGGGUGGUGCAAUAAAGGUUUUACUUAUAACUAAUGAUAAAGAGAACAAAAGGAAGGCUAGUGAAGAAGGCAUCCAUGCAGAAACAGUUGAGUCAUAUGUCAAGUCUUUGGACCGACCUGAUUUACUUGACUUGUUAGUGCGACCUGCAUUGGAAGAUGUGGCCAUUGAAGAGGUUGAAGAUCUUAGACCAUCCAAGAGGAAAGUAGUCUAUCCAGAGCAUAAGCAAAUGCCAGAAAUUAAUUCUGGUUUGGAUCGUGGAAUAUAUCAUCAAGGGCGACUUCAUGUAAAUUGUUACAAGCUAUUCAAAGCAUAUGUUAGGAGCAAGAGCUUUAGUGAUGAAAUAAUUAUUGAUGGGCGCUUAAACAUGAAUCGUGCUUUUGAUGGUGAUAUUGUGGUGGUUGAAAUUCUGCCUCAGGACCGGUGGCUACAAGUGAAGUGUCUAUCUAUAGCUGGUGAAGAGGAUGAGGAUGAUGAAGAUGUUCAUUUAGCUCCAAAAAGUGCUGAAGAUGCACCUAGAACUAUUCCUCAGCAAGGUUCUACUGCAGAAAUGAAUGUUGUAUCCAGUCGCCCUUCUGGUUGUGUUGUUGGCAUUAUAAAGAGAAACUGGCAUUCGAUAAGGUACUGUGGAUCUUUGGAGCCAAUGCCUAUGCCUGCUGGGAGUGGUGCUGUUGCCCGUGCAUUUUUUGUCUCCAAAGAUAGUAGAAUUCCCAAGAUUCAAAUCCAAACCCGCCAGUUGGAGAACCUUUUGGACAAGAGGAUUAUUGUGAAUGUUUAUUCUUGGGAUCGUAAUUCUCAAUAUCCAUCAGGCCAUUAUGUACGAACUAUAGGAGAGAUAGGUGGCAAAGAAAUUGAAAGAAAGGUGGUUUUGAUAGAAAAUGAUAUAAAUUCGGAGGCAUUCUCUCCCCAAGUGGAGGCAUGCUUGCCACCGUUGCCAUGGUCAGUCUCUUCUGAAGAUUUGGCUAAUCCAAUUAGGCAGGAUUUGCGUCAUAUGCGUGUCUUUAGUGUGGAUCCUCAAGGCUGCAAGGAUAUUGAUGAUGCACUACACUGUUAUGCUCUUCCAAAUGGAAACUUUGAAGUUGGAGUUCAUAUUGCUGACGUGACAAAUUUUGUGCAUCCUGACACUCCACUUGAUGAAGAGGCUACAGAAAGGGGUACGUCUGUCUACCUUGUUGAGCGGCGGAUAGACAUGCUUCCAAAACCUCUUACAGAGGACGUAUGUUCUCUUCGAUCUGAUGUGGAAAGGCUUGCAUUCUCUGUCAUCUGGGAAAUGACACCUGAAGCGGACAUUAGAUGUAGCAGAUUCACAAAAAGUGUCAUUAAAUCUUCUGCAGCAUUGUCUUAUGAUGAAGCACAAGUGAGGAUGGAUGACAGUCGAUUGAUGGAUCCGCUAACUACAGAUUUGAGGAAUAUGAAUAGUUUAGCUAAGAAAAUGAGACAAAGGCGAAUUGAGAGAGGAGCUUUAACUCUUGCGUCUGCUGAAGUCAAAUUUCAAAUUGACACAGAGACUCAUGAUCCCCUUGAUAUUGGCAUGUACCAGUUCCGGGAAGCCAACCAAAUGGUGGAGGAGUUUAUGAUUGCUGCUAAUGUUUCCGUUGCACAACAAAUUGUUAAAAGUUUUCCUUUGUGCUCCUUAUUAAGGCGACAUCCAGCUCCAACUAAAGAGAUGCUUGAACCCUUGCAACGUACUGCUGCUGCAGUUGGUCUGCACUUAGAUGUAUCAUCAUCAAAAGCAUUGGCUGAUUCUCUUGAUCAUGCCGUGGGUGAUGAUCCAUACUUCAAUAAGCUAAUCCGCAUAAUGGCAACUAGAUGCAUGAGUCAGGCAGUUUAUUUCUGCAGUGGGGAUCUUAGCCCUCCAGAAUAUCAUCAUUAUGGGCUUGCAGCUCCUCUAUAUACCCAUUUCACAUCACCUAUAAGAAGAUAUGCAGAUGUUGUCGUGCACCGGCUUCUUGCUGCUUCUUUAGGAAUAUCCAAGUUACCAUCCAAAUUUCAAGACAGGAAGCUCACUAGUAUUGCAGACAAUUUAAAUAAAAGGCACAGGAAUGCUCAGAUGGCAGAGCGGGCCGAUAAGGAACUGCAUGCUCUCGAUAAAUUCAGGUAUCCAACAGAUGAGGAGGCUAGGAUAGUGAAAAUAAGAUCUAAUGGAUUUUUUGUGUUUGUUCCCAGAUAUGGCAUAACUGGACCUGUAUAUUUGACACCAAGAGCGGAAAAGGGAGGUGGAGAAUGGUAUGUAGAUGAGCAACAGCAGAAGAUUAAAAAGAUUGAUGGUAGUCUUUCAUACAGCAUGUUGCAGAAAGUCAAAAUUCACAUGGAGGUUGUUAAGUGUCAGCUUAACUGGCCAAAACUUCAGCUUUCUCUCAUCUAGAUGUAUAUGAGCAUUGAAAAUUUGAAAGAGCUAAAUUGGUCAAAAUUUUUCCAAUUUAGACUAUU